GAAAACUGGGUCUAACUAAUUUCCCCAACUUGGUAAUCCCAUUUUCCCACCAACCACCGCAACCUUUGGGACAAGAAAAUAGGGAAAAAAGAAAAAUAAAAAAUUGGUCGUCAGCCACAUCUGGCGAAUUGGCGCCGUCGAUGAGAUCCAAUCAACGGCCCACAGCGAUCCUCAACAAACCCCCCCUCACAUUGACCUGUCUGCAGCCCCGCGCUGCUCACCUACCAAAAUCUAAACAUAACAUGUCACACACCUCCACCAUUCUCUAUUUAAAACCACAUAAUCUACUUAACACCAAUUCACCAUCCUCCUCUUCCUCUCUAUAAAGCGCACGCGCACGCACUCUCUCUCUAAAUCUAAACCAACGCAAACGUGUGUGUGUUCGACGGCGAUCAAUCCAUGGCGGCGGAGAACGGUCAUCACGAGGAGUCCAACGGCUUCUGCGUCAAGCAGAACGAUCCCUUGAACUGGGUGGCGGCGGCGGAGUCGCUCAAGGGGAGCCACCUCGACGAGGUUAAGCGGAUGGUGGAGGAGUUCAGGAAGCCGGUGGUCAAGCUCGGCGGGGAGACGCUCACCAUAUCUCAGGUGGCGGCGAUCGCGGCCAAGGAUAAUGCGGUGGCGGUGGAGCUGGCCGAGUCGUCCAGGGCCGGCGUCAAGGCCAGCAGCGAUUGGGUUAUGGAGAGCAUGAGUAAAGGCACCGACAGCUACGGCGUCACCACCGGUUUCGGUGCCACCUCUCACCGGAGGACCAAGCAGGGCGGCGCUCUUCAGAAGGAGCUCAUUAGGUUCUUGAACGCCGGAAUAUUCGGAAACGGGACAGAAUCCAACCACACGCUGCCGCACACGGCGACGAGAGCGGCGAUGCUGGUUCGGAUCAACACCCUCCUACAAGGCUACUCCGGCAUCAGAUUCGAAAUCCUGGAAGCCAUCACUAAAUUCCUGAACGAGAACAUCACCCCAUGCCUCCCCCUCCGCGGCACCAUCACGGCCUCCGGCGAUCUGGUGCCGCUAUCCUACAUCGCGGGCCUCCUGACGGGGCGGCCCAACUCGAAGGCUGUGGGCCCCUACGGCGAGCCCCUGAACGCGGAGGAAGCCUUCAAGCUGGCCGGCGUGAAAGGCGGCUUCUUCGAGCUGCAGCCCAAGGAAGGGCUGGCCCUGGUGAACGGCACCGCCGUGGGGUCCGGACUGGCCUCCAUCGCCCUCUUCGACGCCAACAUCCUGGCCGUCCUAUCGGAGGUGAUGUCCGCCGUGUUCGCGGAGGUGAUGAACGGGAAGCCGGAGUUCACGGAUCACCUGACGCACAAGCUGAAGCACCACCCGGGGCAGAUCGAGGCGGCGGCGAUCAUGGAGCACAUCCUGGACGGCAGCGGGUACGUGAAGGCGGCGCAGAAGCUGCACGAGCAGGAUCCCCUGCAGAAGCCCAAGCAGGACAGGUACGCCCUCCGCACCUCGCCCCAGUGGCUGGGCCCGCAGAUUGAGGUCAUCCGCACCGCCACCAAGAUGAUCGAGAGGGAGAUCAACUCCGUCAACGACAACCCCUUGAUCGAUGUUUCUAGAAACAAGGCCUUGCACGGUGGAAACUUCCAAGGCACCCCCAUCGGAGUUUCCAUGGACAAUGCCCGCCUAGCCAUCGCCUCCAUCGGGAAGCUUCUCUUCGCUCAGUUCUCCGAGCUCGUCAACGAUUUCUACAACAACGGAUUGCCGUCCAACCUCUCCGGCGGCCGCAACCCCAGCCUCGACUACGGCUUCAAGGGCUCCGAGAUCGCCAUGGCCUCCUACUGCUCCGAGCUCCAGUUCCUGGCCAACCCCGUCACCAACCACGUGCAGAGCGCCGAGCAGCACAACCAGGAUGUCAACUCAUUGGGCUUGAUCUCUUCACGGAAGACCGUUGAAGCUCUCGAUAUUCUUAAACUCAUGUCGUCCACCUACCUUGUCGCCCUAUGCCAAGCCGUGGAUUUGAGGCAUUUGGAGGAGAAUCUCAAGCACGCGGUGAAGAACACCGUGAGCCAGGUUGCUAAACGAACUCUCACAAUGGGCGUCAAUGGCGAGCUCCAUCCUUCCAGAUUCUGCGAGAAGGACUUGAUCCGCGUGGUCGACCGCGAGUACGUUUUCGCCUACAUCGACGACCCCUGCAGCGCCACCUACCCCUUGAUGCAGAAGCUGAGGCAGGUGCUCGUCGAUCACGCCCUCAAGAACGGGGACUUGGAGAAGAACGCGAGCACCUCGAUCUUCCAGAAGAUCGAGGCGUUCGAGGAGGAGCUCAAGGCCUUAUUGCCCAAGGAGGUGGAGAGCGCGAGGAUGGCCCUCGAGAGCGGGAGCCCCACCGUGGCCAACCGGAUAGCGGAGUGCAGGUCGUACCCGUUGUAUAAGUUCAUAAGGGAGCAGCUCGGCGCGGGGUUCUUGACGGGGGAGAAGGCGGUGUCGCCGGGGGAGGAGUGCGAGAAGGUGUUCACGGCGUUGAGCAAUGGCCUCAUUAUUGACCCCUUGUUGGAAUGCCUUCAAGGAUGGAAUGGUCAACCUCUGCCAAUCUGCUAGUUCGUUUUCUAUAUGUUUCGCCCAAAUAAUUUUUUUCGAUUUGUUUUCUGUGCUUAAAUUUGCUCUUUUUGUUCAUUUGUGUUCUUCUUCGACGGAAUCUCCUGUGUUUUGUGAAAUAAUGUGUAAAAUUUCAAUGGGAUUCUCGCGUUUGCAACUCA